AGAUAUUGGCUCGAAAUGCAGCAAGUGGAAGAGGAACAAGGUGACGACUUGAAUAAGAAACAAACGACAAGAAGUGUAUUGAGCAAGGUCGGAGAAGUACGUUUGGAUCGUGGGCCUGGGACUGCACAGAGGUCGAAAUGUUCCUCUCCAGCAGUGAAGAUCAGUUUCGCUUCGGCCUGCUCGUGGAGCUCCUCAGAUCAAGGAGUCCUGUUGGGGCUCACCGAGCUCUUCACCUUUGCUUCUUCCAGCUGCACAGUGGGAUUUGCAGUCAUUUUACCUCUCGAGUGUUUAAAGUAGGCAAGUGGUGCUGCUAGUGCUCCUGGUUCUCCUUGUGCUCAGCCAAGCCAAGCCAUGCACUGCCACUGCCGCUGCUCGAUGGGUUGCCCUGCACGUCGGAAUGUUCAUGAUUGCGACCUCGAAGGCUCGACUGUGGACUGUGGAUAUCAUCAACAGUGACCUUACUCCUGUACAGUAACAGGUCAAUCCGUUCGUCCAUCAGCCUCUUCGUGACAAAUUGGACGCGUGAAGGAAAUGUACUUAGGCAAUGUUGUCACUCUUUGGAGUGAAUGUACUCCAAAGAGUUACAACAUGCCCAAGUACAUUUCCUCUUUGGUUGAACUUCCCAUUUACUUUUCGGAAUGUCGACUGGACGGCAGGUCCUCUCGAGCGCGUUCUCUAAUGGAUCUGAUCCAAAGCACGUAAUUGCCUGUCCACUUUCCGGAUCACCCAAGUUUGACCGGGUGCUGAUUGAUCGAGAGCAGCAUGUCGAGUUUUGUCAUUUAUGGCGGACUUGUUCUCCCGAACGAUCGAUUGACCGCCUCUGCCGGCGACGCAUCUUCGAGUUAAAGCCUUCGGAGAAAUUGGCCACGAGCACAGAGGAUUCGACAGGUGGACGCGUCCCGGGGCAGCGGAAUGAGAGAGCUUAUAUGAUCUUUCAUGCUGAGCUUCAAAGGAUAGAAAAUCCAGACAGAGAAAAUAUACGACUUUUCUUGCUCAGGUUCAGUGGAUAGAAUUUUCAUGCAAACCAUUCAAUCGGCGACAGAGUAGGGACGAUGGCGAGCUCCACGGUUGGAAUACCGGCGCCUGUUAGCACGAAUUUUUGUGUUCCAUAUAUGGCGCAGUUCAUCAUCGAGCAGAAGGUGUUGACGCUGAGUAGUGGCAAGUUCACGAUCAAAGAUCCGCAGGGUAAUCUCUUGUUCCAAGUGAAGAGCAAGCUGCCCAGUCUCCACACCAAGCGGAUCUUGUGCGAUUCCAGCGAGAAGGCCCUUGUCUUCCUUUCUAGAAAGAUAUUAACGAUGCACGACACAUGGGAAGCGACAAGUGCAGACGGUGACGAGAAAACAGUCUUUGUCAUGAAGAAGUCAGGUUUGGUUCAGCUCAAGCCAUCGUUCCAUGUUUUCCUGGGAACAAAUACUUCCAUGAGCAGACCGGACUUCACUGUAAAAGGCGAUUUCUUUCAGUUCAACUACACCAUUUGCUACAACGACGUGCCCAUAGCCGAGGCCAGUCGCAAGAUAAACGCUUCUGCUAUCCUCGUUGGAAAAGAUCAAUACAUGGUGACAAUUCAGCCUGGAGUAGAUCACGCAUUCAUUGCCUCAUUGGUGGUUAUUAUGGAUCAAGUUGCACAAGGUGAUCAGGCAGGAUCUUGAUUGCAGAAUUCUGCCCUUCAAACAAACUACUUGCUCUUUAUAUUCCUUGCACGCCGAUCACUGGACGCCCUAGCACUUUUUUCUGCAGCGCUGUGUCACAGAGAUCGACAGAGGUGAUAAGCCGAGAUCCAAAACGAAGACUAGCACACGACAUGUUCCUCCCGGUGGACUCCUUCUGUACCUGGCAUGAAAUGUAUGUAGAGAGGUACACGAUUCUGAAGUCCUCGAUGGCCGAAAAAUCGUUCGAUAACACAGAAGGUGUUCUGCUUUGACAUCUGAUCGGUGAAUACAGUUAUCAUCAUUUCCAUCAAAGGUUUCUCGUCAACACCAAACUGAAUGAAGAAGUAAUUGCGUCAUUCAAUAUGUCAACAACCUUUCAGUUGCAAGUUUCUGUAGUGUAUUUCAUACAUGUAACUGUACACUUAUACACUCUCUACGGCAGUCUGCACAAUAAGGCAGAACUUAUUGAAAUCUACAUCCUUGGAGCAAGUUUUAACAUGCUUCCAAAAGAUGAUGAAAGGUUGAAUAGAAAUAAACAGUUUUGUUCCGUCUUAUCCGUAAUUCUCACUAUGUACGACCACAAGUUAUAUAUCCAGUUGCUUAAUAUCCAGUAC